UCCUCGAUCGCGCGCUCCAAACAGUCGGUGAUAGCGUUAUCAUUCUCGUCACUCGUGUCGUUCGUUCGUCGCUAAUGCCGUCCCACGUCUGUCUGUAGUGUUAGUAAUUUGUUUUUGUUUUUGAAAAUUAUUAAAUACAAUAAAAUCACUCGUACUUUACCAUACCCGUCGACGUUUUCGUGGCAUGUACACGAUCGCGAGCAGAGCAAGCUGUCGUCGACGUCCGACAAUCGUCAGCUUCGCCUUUACGACGGAUGACAAACAAAUCAUACGAAAUCACAACGCACCAUGAUUGGGUUUGUCGGCGAAGCGCUUUUACUCGAUCGGCGUUCGUUGUCAUUGCACUCAAAACUUUAUUGUGCUCAAUUGAAAUUCACGUCCGGCAACAUCGAUAAAUGUCUCAUAUAGUAGUGACUAAAGAGAGCUGCCGAAGAAUGGCCAAAGAUGUGGCUCGGGCGCUUAGACAGAAAGUCGUCUCACUUUGCCGGAGGUUGGGUAUUGGCGUGUGCUUGCGUACACUAGUAUUGAUAUUCUGCCUGACAUUUUUCUGGGUACAAAUGCACAUGUUCGACGUGUCCGACAAUGAUGCUCUGCAAAUACUGACCAAGCCAGAUGGUCUGCUUGAUGCUAACGACUCCAUGCUGCAACUGGUUCCACAGCGACUUCACAAGUUUCUGGUGUCGCCACCACAACGGGAUCGACUUCACCAAGCUAUACUGCCAGGAAACUCCAGUUUAGAUCACUCGGUUCCGAUCAGUCUCAAUGCAUCGGAGAUCCGCCAGCUAAUCGAUCAAUACAACGUCCGACAAACCGUGUUUAAUGAGGAAUUCUACGGGCCGUUGCAAAACGAUUCUCUGGUCAUUGUCAUACAGGUUCACACUCGCAUCAUGUACCUGCGGCACACCAUAGUGAGCUUGGCCCAGGCUCAGGGCAUCGAGAACGUCUUGUUGAUAUUCAGCCACGACCAUUACGACGAGCAAAUCAACGAGCUCAUACGAAUGAUAGACUUCUGCAAGACAAUGCAGAUAUUUUAUCCGUAUUCCAUUCAAACGCACCCCAACACUUUUCCCGGCGAAUCGCCCGAAGACUGUCCGCGGGACAUACUGAAAAGCGACGCCAUCAAGCGGAAUUGCGUCAACGCCAUGCAUCCGGACCAGUACGGCCAUUACCGGGAAGCCAAGUUCACCCAAACGAAACACCACUGGUGGUGGAAAGCCAACAGGGUGUUCAAAGAAUUGGAUAUCCUCAGCAAUUACUCGGGACCGGUUUUGUUUUUGGAAGACGAUCACUUUGUCGCCGAAGAUUUCAUAUACAUGUUGAAGCUGAUGGAACGAACGGCCAGCGUGGUAUGCCCGCAGUGUAGUAUCCUUUCGUUGGGCACAUACUUGAAGACUUACAAUUUUUACGGCGAAGCAAAGAAGGACAUUUUAAAGGUUAUACGCCGGCAACAGAUAUUCGCUGCAGAACUCACACCGCCAUCUUGGAGUUUUAAAAUUGUUCCUUCCUUUACACAUUACAAUAAGGCUGAAAUUUCACAAUGGAUCAGCAGCAAGCACAACAUGGGCAUGGCUUACAACAGGACCGUUUGGGAACAAAUAGUCAAUUGUGCCGAUACGUUCUGCAACUACGACGAUUACAAUUGGGACUGGAGUCUGCAAAGCGUGUCCAACAACUGUCUGAGUCACGAAUUCAAGACGUUAGUACUGAAAGCGCCCAGAGUCUUUCAUAUUGGCGAAUGCGGAGUACAUCAUAAAAAGAGUUGUUUCGACAUGGCUUUAAUUGUCAAAGUGCAAAAGCUGCUCAAUUCGGUGACCAAAUAUUUAUUUCCAAAAAAAUUGGAAGUAUCGUAUGGUCCAGUCAAGAAAAAGGUGCUGCGUAAAGGAAACGGCGGUUGGGGUGACGUGCGCGAUCACAAAUUGUGUUUACGCCUGGUGAACCGCAUAACUUAAAAUUAAAAUACUUACUUCACCCGCUUUUGAAGUUUUAAGACCAAGUUCCUAUACAUUGCUGUUAGACCUGUUUGGCCCCCUAACGGUCUAAAUCAUUUUAAUUGUAUUUUUUUUUUUUAGAUUUAAAUUUUUAAAUAAUAUAGUGAUGCUAUAAUCACGCUCAAGUGUUCUUUUUUGAGUAUGGUUAGUAGUGGGCUUUAUUUUAAGACUAUGUUAUUAUUAUUAUUACUACUAUUGUACAAAGCUAACUUAAAUCCUAUACUAUUGUAUAAUUGAGAUAAUUUAAAAAAAUCAUUGAGAUUUCUAUCAUAAAGAACUAUAAUAAUAUAUUAAUUAGUUAUGACUUAUGAGAUAACAAUUUUAUAUUAUAUCUUUAAAAUCAAUCUCUAGUCCUGUUGAAAUCAACAAUAACAACUCUAACAAGAGUUGUUAUAUUAGCUAUGUUUGUAUUCCAAACAUUUUUAUUAGUCACUAGCUUAAGUUUAUCCAUUUGUUUAAGAAAAAAUAGUGUUAAAUCAUUUUAAUUAAUAUCAAUGCUUGUGUAUUUGUAUUCCAUUAAACCAAAAUAUUAUGCUGUCUUUGUAACAAUCACAAAGAAUAAAAUUGUAAUUAUUUAGCACUUAAAUAGACUUUAGUUAUAAACUAUUAUAAUAAUAUACUAUUGGUGUUAAUUUUAACAAGUUUUUGUUCACAUAAAAAUACCAACUACCGAAUAAAUAUCAGUAGACAAAUUAUGGUGUUUGAGUUGUUUUGGACAUUUUUUUAAAAGUAUUCUUUUCUGAUAAAAAUUUCAUUUGAUUCCCAUUUAUGCUAUUUUACUAAUUUCUUUUUAAUUGUCAUAAAAAAGUGAUACUAUUAAAUUAAUAAAAAAAAUGACAUUAUUUUCAUUGGUCAUUAUCAACAAUUUGUUUGUUUGAAUUAAUACUAAAAAUUUGAGUAAAUUUUAAUUUAAAAUCACUUUUGAUGCUAAAAUUGUUAUUGUGUCUGUUAAAUUCUCUCUUUCUUUUUUUUAACUCAAAUCUUAACAAAUAGAAUAACAUGAUCUUACAGCGUUUUAAAUUGUAUGUACAAUUAAUAUUGAAAUUAUAAUGUUGCAUAUAAUUUGUUAUGGUAAAAUAUAAUAGAAGUAUGGUAACUUUUAAUUUAAAACUGUAAUAUUAAACUGUAAUGUAAGUUGAGUGAGGUGUGCUUAAAAAAUUGUUAGACAUAACCAAAAUAUUGUUAAACACCUUCAAUUUAAAAUUAUUGAGUCGUAUAAUUAUCAACACCGAAAUAAAAAUUAAUAAUAUAUUUUUGUGCGAUAUUUAAGUUAUAUUAUUUUUUAUCUUUAAGUCUCUUUAAGUUUAAUUUUCUUUGGUGAUAUUAUAUUAUAGUAUAUUUUAUUUAUAAUAAAGAUCCCCGAUGUUUCCAUUCGAGAUAUACUUAUAAUUUUUUAGUAACGAAGUAAAGAGGUACAUUUUCUUUUACGUAAAAUUAGUGUACUAAGUUAACAUUUUUUAAAUUAUAUUUAUUGUUAUUUUUGCAUAAUCAAAAUUUAAAAAAAAGAGUUCUUAUGGUAACUAAUGUGUUUUUUGUACUCUUUAUUAUAUUUUUAAUUUAAUAUCGGGAUUUAAUCCAUUAGACUUACUAUUAGUCAAAUAUAAUACAUACACAACUCCCUCGAUACAGUGCCAUAAAUUAUAUAGUGCUUUGCGACUGUAAGCGACUUAAGUUAAACAGUCAAGUAAAAAAAAAUAUGUAUUUAUAAUUAUUUAUAUAUUAGUGCUAAGUAGCUAUGAGAUUGCUAACUGAAUAUUUUUUUUUAAUUUCAUGUUUUGAAAUGUAUCAAUACAUAUUAUAUUAUUUUGAAUGUAAGUGUGAUAAUAUCAAAUAAGCUUUGUAUAAGGAAAUAAUAAAUAAUAUGAGUAUUUUUA